AUGCCGGAUAUCACGGUGCGACCUUCGUCCGCCAUGGCCUCUAUCUGCGUAUAUAAACCGUCAGGGCAGCUGGUUCUAUCAGUGGACGGGUCCCAGAAGCUUCGUGUGCAGACCUUGAAGCAGCUCGCUGCUCCGGGCUUCCCACGCUUCCGCCUGCGCCUGCAGGACGCAGGCAGCUGCAGCUGCUUGGACUUGGACGAUGACGCAGCAGUUGCAGGCCCUGCUGACUUGCAGUUGGUCAUGGUGCCCUGGAAAGAGAGCUCGCAAGCUGACAUCGUUGCGCUGGUCGAUGCCUCACGUCAUGGCAACGUGACAAGAUUGGUGGAGUUGCUGCGGGCACCACUAAAUCCGAACUGUCACUAUAUGACCGAGAUCUACGAGGAGAUCGUCAUGGUUACACCUCUGCGUAUGGCGCUGCUGGAAGGCCAUCAGGAGGUGGUGAGUGUGGUGAGCUUGCUCCUGGAAGCCCAGGCCGACCCGAACCUCGAGUUCGGCGCUGUUGGCAUGGAAACUACCGCGUUGUGUCUCGCUGCCCAACUUGGCAACCACUUUAUCGUGGAGAUGCUCCUGAACCACAAUGCCGACGCUGCUCAGCCCGGCUACACGGACAAUCGCUUCGAGUCCCCGAUUGCUUUGGCAAGCAGAGGUGGACACGACCGAACGGUCCAAGUGCUGCUGGCGGCUGGGGCGUGCCCGCGCGGACUCAGGCUCUCAGCAACAGGAAGUGACCGUCACGGCCAGGUUCCCGCCGCGUUGCCGGAAGGCUGGGCGCCGCCAACCUUCGGCUGGCAGGCUGAGAGCGCGCAGGGCGGAGAGGGCGCUGAAGCCCAACAGAUUCUGGCGGCCUCGGCGGGCGGCGCAGCCGGCGAGCAAGGGAUCAUGCAUGCUGAAGCCCAACAGAGCCCCGGGCUACGAGUUCUGGCGGCCUCGGCGGGCGGCGCAGCCGGCGAGCAAGGCCCCUCGGCCAUCGGACAGCAGGGCGGAGAGGGCGCUGAAGCCCAACAGAGUCAGGCAUCUUCCUCCUCGAGCAGGUAG